AUGCAUGGACUCUUACACGAGGGUUUUGGUGUUCCAACUGAAGGGAGGAAAGAGACCAACGGAGAAAAUGAUCAGCACCAAAGGGUGUCAAAUGAAGAGUUAGAUAAAUUUUAUAGGCUAUUGGAAGAUGCAAACCAAGAGUUAUAUCCUGGGUUGAUAAAAGAUGGAUUACCAGAUGGCGAGACAUUACCAAAAACCUUCAAUGAAACAAAGAAGAUGAUUGGUGACCUGGGUCUUAAAUAUAAUAAGAUUUAUGCAUGUCCCUCUAAUUGUAUGUUAUAUUGGAAGGAGCACUCUAAUGAUGAAAUGUGUCAUAAUUGUGGCAAGUCAAGCUGGAAAGUUUUUGAUUCAAAAACUGAGGGCAAUGCAAGUACAUCAUCCUCAUCAACAAAUAAAAAAAUUCCUGCUAAAGUUAUACGAUAUUUUCCUUUGAAGCCAAGACUCCAAAGAUUGUUCAUGUCAAGUAAGACAGCUUCUUCUAUGAGAUGGCAUGCCGAAGAGCGAAUCAAGGAUGGAUUGAUGAGACAUCCCGCUGACUCCCCAGCAUUGGAUAGCUUUGAUAAAAGAUACACAACAUUUUCUAGUGAUCCUCGGAAUCCUUUGAUAAAGGAAUUAAAAGAGUUGUGGGUUGAUGGGGUGGAAACUUAUGAUGCUUCAAGAAAUGAGAUGUUCCGUAUGCAUGCAGCAUUGUUUUGGACUCUUUCUGACUUUCCUGGUUAUGCAAUGGUAUCCGGUUGGAGUAUAAAAGGGCGUUGUAAAUCAGCAUUUGACGGCACUGAAGAGGUAAGGUGUGCACCGCCUAUGUUAUCUGGACCACAAUUGUUACAUGAAUUAGAGGGCCUUAAAUUUCCACCAUUUGGAAAGAGUGUGCAUACAAUGAAUGAAGAUCAGAGCGUGAAGAUCGGACAUGUCCGCCGCACAAUUGGAGAAAGAAGAAGCACAUUAUGUCGAGUGUUGAAAAAUGUUAAAGUUCCAGAUGGGUAUGCAUCUAACAUUUCACGUUGUGUGAAAUUGAAAGAGCGUACAAUUAGUGGGUUGAAGAGUCAUGAUUGUCAUAUAUUGAUGCAACAACUUCUAGCCAUAGCCAUUUGUAGGAUAUUGCCUAAGAAUGUUUGCUCAGUACUUGUUGAGCUCAGUAACUUUUAUCGAGAGCUGUGUUCAAAGACUCUUCGGCCUGAAGACUUGGAUGAAUUGGAACACUGGAUUGUUUUAAUACUAUGUCAGUUGGAAAUGAUAUUCCCACCUGCCUUCUUCACCGUAAUGGUACAUUUAUCUGUUCACUUUGCUCACGAGGCAAGGAUUGCAAGACCAGUGCAAUAUCGUUGGAUGUAUCCAAUUGAGAGGUACCUUAUGACUUUGAAAAAUUACGUGCGAAAUAGAAGUCAUCCCGAGGGUUCAAUAGCAGAAGGUUAUUUAGCAGAAGAAUGCUUGACUUUUUGUUCACGUUAUUUGACAAAUAUUGAGACGAGAUUCGAUAAGCCCCAAAGGAAUUCUGAUAAUGUGCUUGAUGGAGAGGAAUUGCGAGAUAGUGAGGAUCCAAUUCCUAAUGAGUUGAGGUGGCUAACACAAGGUCCAAACCCUGUCACGAAACGGUUCAAGAAGUUUGUGAUCAAUGGUUUGAAGUUUCAUGAUAGAAAUGUUGAGAAACGGAGAAAGACUCAGAAUAGUGGAGUUGUCAUAAAGGCAGUGACAUCUAGUUAUGCAAGAGCCACCGAUCACAAUCCCGUCACAGGAGAUAUUCAGUACUAUGGUAGAGGAAUAAAGAAGGAUGAUUUUCGAUUUAAGCUUGUUAAUUCGUCGCAAUCGUUGGGAACAGAUGAGCCUUUCAUUCUAGCAUCUCAAGCUGAACAAGUAUUCUAUGUUGAUGAUCCCAUUGACAAUGAGUGGAAAGUGGUUAUUGGCACAAAACCGCGAGACCUUUAUGAUAUGUCAGAGCAUGAUAUUGAAUCUUAUCAAGUUCAGGAGCCAUUUCAUGCACAACAUGUGGCUAACGACUUGGAUGCACCUGAUGAUAGCACGUUUUGGACAAGAGUUGAUUUGCUUGGAACAACUAUAGAAGAAGAUGAUGAUGUUGAUGAUGACCUUAAUGAAGGUGAGAUUUAG